CGAGGUUUUCAUAAUUGAUCAACCGUCGAGUCAUCUACAGGCUCCUAGCGGGCGCUGGUAGGUCAGCCGCAGGCUCUACUACUUACAUAUGGUCAGGUACAUGGGGUCGCCAGGUUACGUUUAUUCUCUCGCCAUCCUGGUUUUGCUUGCUGUCCGCGGGUACCACGGCAACCUUUGGGCAGGCAGCUACAUCGCUACCAAGCAGAAUCUCUUAUGCAACGAUUUCGACGCAUUCAUCAAAGGUUUGCUUCGCAACCAUGGCAAGGAGAGCGCUGGCGAACAUCACACUUGGGCAGCUCAUGUAGAGGGCCGCCACACGGCGCACACUGGCGUCAAGCCAGUGGAGGCGCUCGGGGACCCCAACGUGCAGGCAACCUUCAAGGAAGUGGCGGGAACAUGGGCAGAGUAUGUGGGGCCCCUGUUACCCCGUGCAGUUCAGUCAAUUGAUGAAGACGUUCUCACUAGCAUGGCAGACGCAAUUGGGAAAAAGGUUCCUUUAUGCUUGCGGGACUCAGGAGUUGCGUGCGCCGGUGAUUACACGAAGCAGAACAUGCUGAAAUGUUUGAAUUCGCUGUUGCCCAUAAUCUUCAACAUCGCCCCCGUGCCGUACAGCCAAAAACUACACGAGUGGUUGGGUGAUAAACAAGCUGCAGGGUCGCUUUGUGAUUCCCUACAUAGUUUCGGCCUUUCAAACGCACGGGAUGUCAUCCGCGCGGUUUCUCAGCUACGGGUGCCCGCGAGCGCCACUGCAGAUUUCUCCAUGGAGUCCAUCAUUGACAAAGCAUCGGUGCAGGAGGUCAGCUGGGCCACGCUGAUCGUGCACCAGUGCGAGGUUCGCCAGGUGCUUGAGGCGUUCCCAAUGAGCGUCAUCGAUCGGAUUUUACAGUCCCCUGCUAGCGCAUACAAGGCCGAAGUAUCAGCAGCCUCUCGCACUUUGUUCGCCGAUGUUAAGCGCACAUCCUGCUUCGCCGUAACUCUGGUGCCGGCAGCUGCACAGGCCCUGGGACUAUCCUAUGAGAAGCCGCAGAGGGUCGUCGGCAGCGCGGCCCGGCUGCUGAAGAUUUCGUUAGCUUUGGCCAAAAAAGGCUUCAGCCCCAAGGCGUCGGUGUUCGGGAUACCAGAAUGGAUCACGUUGGUGGAGAUGGCGUUGCACAUUCUGAGCAAAACGAAGGGACAGAAGGCGAUGCCGAAGAGGAGGGCGAAGCGCUGUCAGAAGCAGUGCAGCAUCGAGGAGCUCCGCAAGAAGGCGCAGAAAUUCCACAUCAACCCCCGCGGGAAAAGCAAGGCGAAACUGCUGCGAAUGAUAUCUUCGGCGAGCAAUGCCGCGGCGAAGUGAGGUGGAGCAGCAGCCCCGCCGCAGACGUGCAACGUUCGAUUUGUACAAUUUUACGCACGUUCCCUCGCAUUACAUAUUGCGCCGUUUACGCGCAGGCACGCAUCUUCACCUGUCUAGGGACGCAUUGGAUGUUCGCCGCCAAUCUGCGCAGCAACGUUUGGUUGGGCGCAAAUUUACACAUCGCCAUAUGCUGGACGAGGCCUUUGCCCAAGAUGAUUGAGACAUUGUCAGACAG